AUUUUCCAACACAAAUCAUCAAUCACUCUUAUUACGUGUUUUAUUUUUAUUUAUAAGUUAAAACAUACUCAAAUGGAAUCUUGAUUCAUCUUAUUGUAAAGUUUAUUAAUGUUAACUUUUUAUAAUUUUUACUCAAGUACAUUUAGAGAUAUUUAAGAUUGAAAACGUGCAUUGGUAAAUGUGUCAAAACCAAAUGGGACAUUUAAAGUGAAUAGGAGAAAAUACAAUUUUUAGGAUAUGGACUUGUUGUUUUAAGGUCGUCUCAUCGUGAAGCAGUCUUUCACUAGAGUAGCACAGAUAUUUUAAGUUGCUAAAUACUUGACAUACGUUUAUUGUGAACUUUUGGUUGUUGAACCAGCCCUAUUGCAUGCUUUAAACUAUUUCAUUUGAUUCUUUUUUCAGUAUAGAUCUAGAUUUCCAUUCUAAACACUUCUCCUGCACAAGAAACUUCUUGUUCUAAGAUAAACAAACACUGAUCAUAGCCAACCAUGGCCGCUUUUACUGCUCUAUCGCUACUUACAAUGGCGCUGAUACCUUCCGCCAUUGCUGUCCAUACCCCUAUAACAAAUCAAACCCUUACUACUGCUAUCGAAGAAAUGCAAAGAGCUAACUACUUCACAUUUGUCAUGCUCCUUAACAUGGUUCCGACAGACAAAAUCCCGAGCAACAUCACCUUCUUGAUGCCCAACAAUCGGUUACUAGCAAAAGCUGUGAUACCUGAAAAUGAAGUUAUCGACUUCUUGCUUAGACACUCUAUUUCGGCUCCUUUAAGGUUUGACUAUUUACAACGAUUCCCAUCUGGCUCGAUAAUUCCUUCAUCAAAGCCCGAAUUCAUGCUUAAGGUCCUUAACAAUGGACGAAAAAGGUUUUAUCUAAAUGGUGUUAAGGUUAUUAGCCCUGAUAUUUGUGUUGCUGGGUCAUCAAUCAGGUGUCAUGGGAUAGAUGGGGUGUUGCAGGAUGUUAACAAAACACCUUCACUGCCUACUACUCCGUUGUCUCCGACAUCUGCGCCUGCGUCACUACCUGCUUUCGACUUGGCUCCUGCUGCUACUCCUCAACCCGAUGGCUCGAUUUUACCCCCUCACAACGCUGGAUCGUCUCAUUUGGAUUUUGGCCAGAGUUUAUUAUGGUAUUUGUUAUACUGGGUUUUGUUGUCAAUAGUGUGGUUCUAUUUAUAGUAAUUUUAAAGUUGAAACAUAUGCUGUUAUAGCAUGUAGAAUCGUAGGAUCGGAGUAUGAUUCACUUAUCCCUAAUACUGUUGAUUUGAGUUUCGAUUUUUCAUUGAUUUCAUAGUUGUGCUAUAUUUUUUGCAUAAUUUAUCAUAUUAAGCAAGCAAAUGAAUUGCUAUAUGCACCAAUGAGUGGCAUUCUUCAUAUAACAAUUUUUAAGUUUACGGGAAUUGACAUGUUUCGUGAGAGGCGGGUCUUGGGCCAUAUAAAAAAACUCGAACCCCAUUUAGUCGGGUGAAUUUGAAGGGCAACGGAGAAGUAGCUAUCAUUUAGAUUAAUAUUGUUAUAACGUGAUACUUCAAACUUAAGACCUCUUGCUAACGCGGGCUCUCAAAACUUUAAUAAGCUAGUUUAUCUCUUAAACUUUCAAGUACAUCUCUUACAUUAUGGAGUAUUGUUGAUGGACAAAUUCUUGGCCAAAAGUUGGUAAACUAAUAUUGACAAAGAAAAAUAAGGUUUAAGAGAAGGAUAGAGAUAAAAA